UAUUCGAAAUUCGGUGGGUCGCGCCACGGAUCGCGGCGUUGCCGGCGUUCCUACGUAGCCGCGAUUAUUUCAACAACGUCCCCACGACGACGGCGGCGGCGGCGGAGGCGGCGGCGGCGGCGGCGGGGACGCGGUUCCUGGAAGGAGUCAUCGUCAUCCACGGCCACGGCUAGAAGAAGCGCGCGAGCUCUUAUCUCGUAACGCGUGUCACCCUACUUCUCUCGACGACGUAUACACUACACACACACAGAGAGAGAGAGACAGACACCACAGGGUGCAGUGCAAGUGAGUGAGAGAAAGCAAGGCUACGAGAAGAAUAAGCUGUUGUUAUCUUCCGGACUUUUGUGCUACUCUCUACGUUGCCGGGCGAGCGUAUAGUGGAGGCAGGCGGCGAUAGACCGCGACGAAAUAUGAGCGCACGAGUGCUGAACCCGGCGAUGAUGACGGAAAUAAGCAGGAACCUGAGCAGCGGAGGUGGCGGUGGCGGCGGCGGUCGAGCGGUGCCGAACAGGGCCGCGCUCGCCCGCGUGCGACGCGAUCUCUUCGGACCGGUGGACCACGAGGCGGCUCGGGCGCUCGCCGAGCGCGAAUUGCGGGCGCAAUCGCAGCUCGAUGCCGAUCGAUGGGGAUUCAACUUCCAAGUGGGCGCGCCUCUUGAAUCGAAUUCGCGUUACGAGUGGGAACCGCUCACGGAGCACGACGUCGUGCCCGAGCCCUACGCCUUGCGGGGCAUGCCCUACCUGAGAAAACACGCGCCUGGGACCCCGCGGAAAUUGCGCUUCGACGACGCCUCCUCGUCGAUCGCAACGACCAUCACGACGGCACCGACUACGUCGUUGACAGCGAUCAUGACGAGCACGAGGAUCGUCGAACAAACGGAGACCGUCGUCACGCCGACGGCCGAGAGGACCCCACCGCAAGAGCCCCGGGUGCCCGAGAUCGGCGAAGCUACCACGACGCCCAGUCAACUUCUCAACCCGGACACCAAGAGGAAGAGGUGCGCGAUUGAGCCCACCACUCCCGUCCUACCUUCAGCCGCGAGGAAACAGUCCUCUAUCACUGACUAUAUGAAGAGUCGUAAGCGCAGCUUGAACGGCACCACAAAGAGCAUGAUAGAGCCGCCGGAGAAGAUUGCUCGCAACGCGGGUCAGAUACGCAGCUAAAAAUCUUCCAGCUUUCUUAUUCGAAUGUCGCCUUUUUCCAUCUCGUUUGUACGCAACGGGAGACAGUACCGGAAGUGGGAUACUGCAUUACCGUGUGGAAUAACGGAGAAAGAAGAGGGCAGGGACUCGGACAGGAGGCGCGAGGUCCGCGUUGGCUGUGCCAUUCAUAUAGUUUUAUCCGCCAUGAGCGCAGGCGAAAUGAAUGAAUAAAAUUAAAAAAAGAAAAAAAAAUAUGAAACGGGAAGUAACGCCGUUCUCCAUCACGUACAUCUUCGUCUGUCAUAUCGCUUUGUAAUACCGUGAGGAUUAUGAAAAUAAUAACAGCAAUUUAAAAAGGACCUGAGGCGAGAAAAAGAAUAAAAUAGAGAGUCAAAAACGAAGGUUGCUUGAUGGGGAAAGAGAGGGGAAAAGAGAAUGACUCUCGUCGCUAUUUUUUAUAAUAUGUGUCACAUCAUUUUCUGUAUUAGAAUAUAGAGUAAGUAAUACUAAGAAGAAUAUAAAAAUUAGAUUGUAGAUAGAGAGUAAUAUGAUUUGUGUCCAAAUUAAUUAAUGUAAUAUAUUCAUUGUUUGUUUUCGAAACGUUCGUAGAAAAAUGUUUAAACGAUGUCGUUACACAAACACGUUAUGAAAAGAGAGAGAGAGAGAGAGAGAGAGAGAGAGAGAGAGAGAGAGAGAGAGAGAAAGAGAGAAG